AUGUCACGGUCGCUGGGAAAUGAUGGGAAGACGAACUGGAAAACCGACGAGAACUUCGGCUCGCAGCGCCUGACGGGAACUAACCCGACUUCCAUCCGUGUUUGCAGGGAGCUUCCCGAAGGGUUCGGAGUGACGGCGGCCAUGAUUGAGCCCUUCCUGUACGGCCUGAAGCUGGCAGACGCCCUGCAGAAGAACCGCCUGUACUACGUGGAUCACACCAUCAUGGGGGUCACCUCCAUGGCUAACAAAACGGCCCCCAGGCACAUGUGCGCCCCGUUCGGCCUGUUCUUCGUUAACGACAAGAAGGACCUGGUGCCUGUGGCCAUCCAGCUGUACCCGAACACAGGGGAGGAGCAACAUCCGGUGUUUCUGCCGAGUGACCCGCCCAACACGUGGCUGCUGGCCAAGAAGUGGUUCAACUGCGCAGACGCGAACUAUCACGAGGCUAUCCCCCACCUCGGUUUCACACAUCUGCUUGUGGAGGCCUGCAACCUCGCGGCCAAACAGAACCUGUCCAUCUCCCACCCCAUCCACCGCCUCCUGGAGCCGCAUUUCAUCUACAUGUUCGCCAUCAACAAUCUGGCCCUGUACACGCUGAUCUCCGAUGGAGGCGGUCUGGACCAGACUACGCAGAUAGGGGCACAGGGAAGCUUUGAACUCCUAAAGCAAAGGGUGAAGACUUGGCGGCUCGACAGGGAGGGCACCCUGCCAGAGGACCUGAAAUACCGUGGAUAUGUCAUUUGGUAUAAAACAGCAGCUUCUGCAUCUGCCUUUUACCUCCACAACCGACGUCAGUUCUCCGUUUUUUCACCUGGGUGA